AUGAUUGAAGGUGGAUUGAUUCGUAUGUUAAACUUUUUGAGCAACAAGAAAUGGGGAGAUCAAGAUAUUGUCGACGAUCUCGAGAAACUCUCUGAAGCAUUAUCACAAGAUAUCGCCAAGAUGAGUUCAUUCGAUAAAUAUAGAACUGAAGUACAAACAAACGAGUUGGAAUGGUCACCAGUUCACAAAUCAGAGAAUUUCUGGAAAGAAAACGCAUUGAGAUUCGAAGAGAACUCACACAGCGUCUUGAAGCUUUUACAUUUAAUCCUACAAAAGUCAGAGAACCCAGUUCACCUUUCGAUCGCUUGUCACGAUCUUGGUGAAUUUGCUCGUUUCCAUCCACGUGGAAAGAUUAUUAUUGAAGCACUCGGUAUCAAACAAGAUAUCAUGAGAUUGAUGACCAAUCCAAACGAAGAGGUCAAGAAACAAGCAUUGUUUGCUUUACAAAAGAUGAUGAUUAACAACUGGGAAUACUUAUCAGCAAAGUAA